UUACUGCAUACAUAAAAUAUGAGAAUCAAAUGGAGUUUCUUUUUAAAAACAAUAUUAUAUCUACUAUCUGUAUCCUUCGUAACCACACAAAAAGAUGAGGUCACACCAAUUAAAGCAGAAAGAAAGCCACCUCACAUUAUAUUUAUACUAGCAGAUGACUUGGGUUUUAAUGAUGUUGGUUUUCAUGGCUCAGCACAAAUCCCCACACCUAAUAUAGAUGCUCUGGCAUAUACGGGCAUAAUACUUAACCGUUAUUAUGUUAAUCCGAUAUGUACUCCAUCACGAUCCGCCCUAAUGACGGGAAAAUAUCCAAUACAUACAGGUAUGCAACACACAGUUUUAUACGGAGCUGAACCACGUGGACUUCCACUAAGCGAAAAGCUUAUGCCCGAAUACUUUAAUGAUUUAGGAUAUUCCUCUCAUAUUGCUGGAAAAUGGCAUUUGGGUCAUUACAAACGGAUAUAUACACCACUUUAUAGAGGCUUUCGUUCUCAUGUUGGUUUUUGGACUGGUCAUCAUGAUUAUUUCGAUCACACAGCACAGGAAAAUCCAUCUUGGGGCCUUGACAUGCGCAGUGCUUUAGAUGUGGCUUACGAUUUACAUGGCAAAUAUACUACAGAUUUAGUUACGGAUGAGUCAUUACGUGUUAUAGGUUUACACAACUCUUCGCAACCAUUAUUUUUGUAUGUUGCACAUGCUGCAGUACAUUCAGGAAAUCCUUAUAAUCCAUUACCAGCACCUGAUGAUGCAGUAGAGAGGAUGAAACACAUUGAAGACUUUAAACGAAGAAAAUAUGCUGCUAUGUUAUCAAAAUUAGAUGAUUCUGUUGGUCGAAUAGUUCAAAAAUUAGAAAAACAAAAAAUGUUAAAUGAUUCUAUUAUAAUAUUUAGUACUGAUAAUGGUGGACCUGCUGAAGGGUUUAAUCUUAAUCAUGCAUCAAAUUGGCCUUUAAGAGGUGUGAAAAAUACUCUUUGGGAAGGUGGAGUACGUGGAGCUGGUUUGAUUUGGUAUCCAAAAAUAAGAGGAACAGGUCGUGUAUCUGAACAAACAAUUCAUAUAACAGAUUGGCUUCCCACCCUUGUUGAUGCAAUCGGAGGAGAUAAUGCAUUAGCAAAUAUAACUGCAAAAUUAGAUGGUGUUAGUAUUUGGAAUGCCCUAACACAGAAUACAAUUUCUCCACGAAGAACUAUUUUGCAUAAUAUCGACGAUAUAUGGGGUAGUGCAGCUAUAACCAUUGGGGAUUGGAAAGUAGUUAAAGGCACCAACUAUCAAGGUGCUUGGGAUGGUUGGUACGGACCUGCGGGCAUCCGGGAUCCAAAAAUGUAUGAUACUAGACAAAUUUAUAGAGGUUUAGCAGGACGAGCUAUAAGCACUUUGAAAGCUCUUCCGAGUUUGGCAGAAAUUACACGUUUGCGUAGAAGUGCCUCAGUAGAUUGCGCUGUGAAUUUUUUGUAUUUGCAACAAGGUGCAAUAUGCAAUCCACUCAAUGCGCCAUGUCUAUUCAAUAUUAAAGAUGACCCGUGCGAACAGUUCAAUUUAUCAGAGAAGUAUCCUCACAUUUUAAAUUCUUUACUUGAUGAACUUCAACGUUUUAAUAGCACAGCUGUGCCACCUUCCAAUAAACCCUUAGAUCCAAGAGCAGAUCCUCGUCUAUGGAACUAUACAUGGACAAAUUUUGGAGACUAUGAGGAGGGUAAAAAUACAAUUAUAGGUUCAAUAAAUAUAUAAUACAGUUAAUAAGCAUUAAGUUAUUUAAAAUAAGAAUUAAAAUAAAAAAUUUUGUCCUUUAUAGGAAAAUGAAAUUAGUUGGUAGUAAAUAAUAGUUAAUA